AGCAGUCUCGCCGGGGACUCUGCGCUGAGCUCACUGUCGUCCUCUCUUCCUUGGCCGCUGGCCUCUUUUUCACUUUCCUCCCCUUGGCAUACUUGUUCUUUUUUGCCCACGACUCACCCUGUGGAUUUCCUAACCCUGGCUUCCCUGGAAAAAACCGCAUAACGGAUCCGUCGUGACUCGCUGGCUUCCAUUGAAAGGAGUGGAAGGAGAGAUCGGGAGCCAAAACAGAAAGGGAGUGAAGCAGAGACAGACCAAUCGAUCACCCUGGUACUGAGACGGAGUGGGAGUGGAGCGCCGAGGCAGCAGAAGUGUUUUUCCUUGCCGUUAUCAUUUAACUGGAGACAGUCUCUCACUUGAAGUGGAGUUGUCCAAAGCUUUUGAUGUGCAUCUGACCCAUGGACAGAAAGGACAACCUUCCCUCUUCACUAACACUCGAGACUUUGGAGGAGGACAGCUUUUGAACAAGAAGUUCAAUGUUUACCAAGUAAUUGAUCUCCAUUUUGAAUGAUAAUGCUGGACACCAACCACUGCCUCUCCUUCAAACCCUCCCCCCUGGAUUCUCCCCCACUGGCAGAUGACAUGGAGAAGGAAAGCUUGAAGAUGGAUCACGACAGACUUGUCUAUCACAGCCUGAAAGAAGUCCUCCAGCUCAAGCUUCAGCAGAGACGCACACGCGAGGAGCUGGUCAGUCAAGGGAUCAUGCCACCCCUGAAGAGCCCGGCAGCAUUUCACGAGCAGCGGAGGAGUCUGGAGCGUGCACGGACCGAGGACUACCUGAAGAGGAAGAUCCGGAGUCGUCCGGAGCGCUCUGAGCUCGUCAGGAUGCACAUUCUGGAGGAGACGUCAGCAGAGCCGUCUCUGCAGGCCAAGCAGCUUCAGCUGAAGCGAGCGCGACUCGCGGACGACCUCAACGAUAAGAUCUCUCACCGGCCAGGUCCCAUCGAACUGGUGCACAAGAACAUACUGUCUGUCAACUGCCCUCUGCUGGAUUCCCCAAAGGGAGCCGGGGGGGAGAGCUCAUCCUUGGACGAAGACAGCAGCGAUGCUCUGUCGCCGGACCAGCUCACCAGUCACGACUCCCCCUUGAGCGCCGCCGCUCAGCUGUCCCCCUCCGAUGGGCUCAGCCAGAGCGGGGACGUUUCCCCCUCACAGUUUCUUACACAGGCCCCUCCUCCUCCUCCUCCCCCUCCUCCUCCUCCGCCGCCUCCUCCCCCCCUUGUGAACGGGUCGGACUCCUCUCCGCUCCCCAAAGUAACGAAUGGGACGACGGUGACCUCCUCCUCCUCCCGCUCCUCUAGUGGGCAGGUCAAGCAGUCGCAAUCCAAGACGAGUUCAGACCGUCCCCCACAAAGACUGAAGAAAGCAAAGGACAGCAAACCCAAGGUGAAGAAGCUCAAGUACCACCAGUACAUCCCUCCAGACCAGAAGGCAGACAAGGAGAGGCCGCCUCAGAUGGAUUCAUCCUAUGCGAAGCUGCUCCACCAGCAGCAGCUCUUCCUGCAGCUGCAGAUAAUCAAUCAGCAGCAGCAGCACUACAACUACCACACCAUCCUGCCCGCCCCUCCCAAGCCACAGUCGGAGCAGCCUCCUGCGAGCAGCUCCGGGCCUUCUCCCUCCCGCAGCGUUAACACCACCACCACCACGGCCCCCUCAGGUCAGACCUCCAACACUCGUCAGAGUCAGCCUGGAGUGGGAGGAGCCAAACCGGCUACGCUGCCAGCCAACCUGGACGAAUUCAAAGUUGCUGAGCUGAAACAAGAACUGAAAUUGCGAGGCCUGACCGUUUCUGGCACUAAGAAUGACCUGAUUGAGAGGCUCCGCAACUACCAAGAACAAAAUAAUGGCACCGCAGCGGCUCUGAAAAGUGGCGCACCGCAAUCAGGCCAGCAGGGGGCCGUCUCUGCCGCUUCCACCACCACGUCCUCGAACCCGUCUUCCACCCCCGAGCAGCCGUCUGUAGAGAGCAGUUUCAAGCUAGCGCUGUCCUCGUUGGGCCAGGCUGUCCCGGGGCGGGUCAUGCGCUUCGGCAGCACCAGCUCCAGCCCUCCGGUGUCGCCCACGCCAUCUGAGCGCUCGUUGGCUGGAAUGAGUCCCGAUGAGACGAGCUGUAAUGGAGACAUGUUUGGGGAGAUGGUGAGUUCUCCCCUCACCCAGCUCACGCUUCACCACUCCCCUCAACAUCCAUCGACCGGCUCCACACUCUCCGUAGUUAAAGAGGAGAUUCAGAGCUCGUGCAGCCUGUCCAAGUCUUCACCUUCCUCGGUCCAGCUGCCAGAGACUCUGUGUGGAAUGGCGAUGGACACGUCCUCUUUGGACAAAGACAUGAUGCUCCAGGAGAAGGACAAACAGAUCGAGGAGCUGACCAGGAUGCUGAGGCAGAAGCAGAGACUGGUGGAGACUCUGAGGUCCCAGCUGGAGCAAGGCAAAACGGGCGGGGGGAUAGCGGUGAAGAAGGAGGGGAGUGAGAAGAGCAGAACAUCCCCGGAGGUGAAACUCCAAACUCUAAUAAAAGCUUCAGCCAUUCAGCCCCCGACGCUCCCUAACGGCAUCGUGGUGACGGUGAAGAAGGAGGUGGAGCCUGCGGACGGGAUGGAGGGAGUAACGGAGGAGGCCCAGACAAAGAAGCCGGCUCAGCAGAUGCAGUGCUCUCAAGAAACCCUGUUGAGGUUGCAGCAGAUUCAUCGGCUCCAGGUCCAGCAGGCCGAGCAGCAGAAGCAGCAGCCGCAACCUUUGCAGCCGCAGAAUCAGGUGCAGCUGCAGAAGGUGGCGGAGGCAAAACCCAACCCUCAAAAACAACUGCAGCUGCAGAAGAAGAAAGAGGCUCAAAUCCUGCUCCAGCAGCAGCAACUGCAGAAGCUCAUCAUAGAGCAAACCCAGCAGAAACAGCUCCGGGCCCAGCAGAAGUUAGCACAGCAGAAACUGGCACAGCAGAAGCCGGUGCAACAGACCCAGGUCAAGCAAACCCAGGGGCAAGUCCAAGCCCAGCAGAAGAACCAGGUUCAGCUGAAGCAGGUUCAGCUGCAGAUCCAAAACCAGACUGUGACGGGCCACAAGCCCGGAGCGAGCCAAGCCCAGCAGAGGAAGCUGCAGAGAGCUCAGCACAGGCUGCAGAAACAGCAGACAGCAGCAGCAGCAGCCGCAGCAGCAGCAGCAGCAGCAACGACACAACAGGUGACUCCAGUUAUCAUCAACCAACAGAACGGCACGCCGCUCCACACUCAAGCCAUUUCACUCGACCUCUUCAAGGCGAACGGCACUCCCACCCUGGUCACCGAUAGCAACGGCAAUCACUACCUGAUCGCUCUGACCAGUCAAGGCACAGAGGGGCAGAACGGCAUCUCCUCACUGGCCAAGACUAACGGACGCAUCACGCUGCAGAGAUUGCAGUCGACUCCCAGUAAACUCCCCAGCACUGACAACCCAUCAAAAGAAAAGCCAGAGGCCGAAUCUGUGAGCCAACCAAACAAAAAGGGACAGAAAGCAGGGCUGCACCUGGAUGCCAACGGCGUCCCCCAGCCCGCCCUGCCGCACACCGCUCCACCCAACCUGCACCCUUUCUUCGACGACAUGUCAGACACUGAAAGCCAAAGCCACCUGAUGUCCUCUCUCAAGAGAGAGGAAGUAUGUCUGCCUUAUGACCGACACACACUGUUCACCCCUCCCUCUCCAAAACCCAGCACCUUCCUUCCUUCUCAGCACUCCAAAGAGAAUGGCGUGAACAGCCAGCAGAUGGACGACCUGUUUGACAUCCUGCUCAAGAGUGGAGAAAUCCCCGGUUUCAAGGCCAACCCAGACCCGUCCCUCGCCCCGCUCCACUCCGACCCCCCCUCCCCGGCUGCCGCCCCGUCCCCGCUCCACCUCUCCCCUCCCACCAUGGCAGAGCCGCUCUUGUCCCCCCGGUCGUCCGUGGGCGAGGCCUGCACCGGCAGCGGGCGCCUGGAGGACUUCCUGGAGAGCACCACGGGCUCCUCGCUGCUGGGCAUGGAGCCGGACGGCGGCCUGACGCUGAUGGACGACCUGCACAGCCAGAUGCUGAGCACGCCCAGCAUCCUGGAGCACCCCCCCUCCCCCAUGGACACGUCGGACCUGGGCUUCUCCCCUCACUCCCCGGGGCUGGACUUCGGCGACCCGACUCUGGACAGCAUGGAGUGGCUGGACAUCCCCAUGGUGGGGAGCGCAGCCGGAGGGGGCGAGGGCCACGCAGGGGGGGGCGGGGGAGGAGGGGCGGCGGGGGAAAGGGAUGGAGGGACAAGUUUAGCCCCCCUGGCCCCCCACACUCCGCCCAGCGUGUUCUCGGCAGAUUUUCUGGACAGCACGGACCUGCAACUGCACUGGGAGUCGUGCCUGUAGCCGCAGACGCACACGGAUGGACAAGCGGUCGCUCACACUGUGUACAGGCUCCGUCUUUAUUUCAUGCACCUACUUCUCUAUGCUGUAUUUACCACUGCAGGGGGUCACUGGCACACGCAAACACACAUACGCACACACACAUUCACGCGGUUAGUCACUGGCUGUUACCAUAUGAGAGCUGAUGUGAAAUGUUCAAGAAACAUUGAAGUCAAAUUCAUAAACGGGACUUGAACUUGCUGGAACUGAGGUGGAUUUCUUUUUCUCUUUAAAAAAAAAAAAAAAGUUUAACUCUAUGAAAAAACCAAACGGCAGACUGACUACAGUCAGGCUCAUAAAGUCCUCUUCCUGUGUCUGGACCUGCAUCUUGAACUGGUUUACGUGAACCAGACACAAUCUUUCUCUCAUCCAGAUGAGAGUUGAGGAUGGAGACCGUCGGCGGCGUUCAUAGCGGUGUGUCAGUGCCUCCUAAACUUUGCACUUUGACUGAAUCUGAGUGGUUUAAAGGGAGAGUUCAGGUCAGCGGCUGAGUCUUCACACAGAUUAAAAAAAGACGCCAUCUGUUUCGGCGAUCAGCUGAGCCAUUGGUCGUGUAAAGAAAGGCAGCUGUUGGCACCCUGAACUCCGCCCACACUAGUCAAAGUCACAGCCGUCAUCGGUUGUCAGUUGCUAUUGAAUUGAACCACAUCAGUGGCAGCAGUUUGAAUUAAGGCCUCAUUGGAGGUUGCGUAUUAUUGGUAACAUUAUGGUAGACCACUAUGUAUUGCUGUAUAUGGGGUGUAUAUUAUCAAUUGUCCAUACAACUAUUUUUCUUUGCUGGUUGUUUAGAGUCGAUCUAGCCGGCUGGGGAACAGAGCGGGAGGGAGGGGCUUCCAAAACACUUGGUCCCUGUCAUUUUUUUAAAGAAAAAGUAAAAAAAAAUAAAAUAAACAUGAUGAAAACACAAAGCAGGUGUUUGUUUU